AUGGAUUCCACACUUAUCCUCCUUUGGGUAUUUACCUGGGUGACGAUCGGCUUGAUUGCCUUUCGGUUGCUGCUGCGGAAGAUCAAAGGCCUCAAUUUCGUCUGGGGAGAUUAUUUUUCAAUGGCAGCUAUCCUGUGUGCGCUCGUUCGCCUCGCUCUCGUCCACGUUGUUCUUCUCUGGGGAACCAACAACAUGCCUGCCGCGCUCAGAGAAACGAUGAAAUUCACUGCCCAGGAGAUCCAUCGUAGAGAGACCGCGAGCAAGUUUGUGCUGGCCAAUCGAGUGUUUUAUAAUUCCUAUCUCUGGUUGCAGAAAUUGGUCCUGCUUGAUACCUAUCGCCGGCUGCUUAAGAAUCUCCGGUGGGAGAAGGUGACGAUGAUCUCGUAUACUGGCAUAUUCGCAGCAACAUAUGCAGUUGUACAAAUUGUUACUUUCACAGAGUGCGAUCCAUUCAACCAUUACUGGAUCGUAUUACCGGACCCUGGCAUAUGCUGCCAGGCACAGCUCCAAUUGAUCGUUCUCGGCGUUCUCAACAUCAUCACGGAUCUUAUGUUGAUCGCCUUGCCGAUCCCAAUUCUAGUUUUGGUGAAACGAUCCACUGCAGAGAAACUUCAGCUAGCGGCCUUGUUUGCCGUUGGUCUCUUCAUCGUCGCAAUCACCAUUGCCAGACUGCCACAGAACACCAAGAAUCCCACUGCGCAAGUGAACAGAACGACGUGGGCAUCUAUCGAAGAGCUCGCUGCUGCUAUUGUUGCCAAUGCCCCCGUUGUCUACGGACUUCUCAAGGGACGGGUGCAAAGGUCCAGAGACGCCGCAUCAGCAAGCGGGUCCACUCAGCCGUCGUGGCAGCGAACUCAGAGGAAGCCUGAAGAUGAGCCUGUUGAACUGCAAAGGACCCGCCCAAGUAAGAGAGGGUCUGGUCUAGGCGCGAAGCUGUCAUCGAGGAACUAUCGUGAGAUUGAUGACUCGAGUAGUCGGGGCCAUUGA